AUGGAGCCGGCGGGCGGCGGUCGCGGGGGGUCCCCGGCGCCCCUGGCGGCCCCCUUGCUCCUGGGACUCCUCUGGGGUAUCCUUCCGACAGUGGAAAAUAGCCCCACCUAUAUGGGUGUCUGUCAGGGCUACCCUGAUGUCCGGAGGGAAUUCCCCGGCCAGAUCCGUAGCCCUUCUAUGCAGGGGAUGCCUUACAGUAGCUGCAGCUGGGUGAUUCUCGGUGGGCCCGAGGAGAUCAUCUCCAUCAGGUUCCAGUGGUUCCGGCUUCUCUGUGGCUCAGAAGUUCUGACGAUUCGCUCGCCUUUUCAGCCGACCAAGAAAUUCUGCGGCUACAAUAUUCCGGAGCCCCUCCAGAUAAAGGGGGGUAAUGUGACUUUGAGCUACAGCUGGAAAUUCAUGGCAGGCGACGGGUUUCUGUUGAAAUACGAGAAAGAAUGGACAUUUUCCAAGCUAAGGAUCACCACGUCUUGCAGCCAGGGGCGAAGGUGCACAAGUACAGCCUCCAGCACCAUCCCAGCAAGUCAGGCCGACGGGUGGGGACGCGCCGUUGCCAAAGGGACACAUUGGCCACCUUGGCUGGACCAGCCGAGUCGAGAAGCGGCGACGGAGAGCUUGGAGAUGCUGCGGAGGCAUUCGUCAGAUAGGCCUCGGGGAGAAUCAAAAGCCCACCUGUGCAACGUCAGCCUGGACAACUUCUACGGCGUAAUUUUUUCACCAGCAUUCGCCCCAGAUGCCCACCCUGGGGCUGCCCAUUGCCAAUGGGCCCUGGAUGCCCACGACAGCCGCCCGCUGAGCAUCCGCUUUACUGUCAUUGAUUUGGACGUCCGGGACUCUCUGCAGGUGUACGAGGGGGUGCCCGGCAGCGCACCCCACUCUCGUUUGCUGCGCAACUUGGACUAUACCAGCAACGGCAAAGUUGUUUCUGUGGAUUCUCCCUCCAGCCGCGCGUGGGUCCUGUACCAGGCUGUUCCGGGAACGAUACGCCUGGGGUUCAAUGCCACCUACCACGUGCGGGGUUACUGUGUCCCGUGGGAUUUUCCUUGCGGUGGCUCAGACGGUGAAGGCGCCAGCUGCUACAGCACCGCCGAGCGCUGUGAUGGCAUCUGGGACUGCGCCAACGGUGCCGACGAGGAUGGCUGCGGCGGCUGUCCGCAAGGGCAAUUCCCGUGCGGGGGGCGCGGCAUCAGCGGGGCUGCCUGCUACGGCCCCGCUGACCGCUGCAAUUAUCAGACUUUCUGCGCGGACGCUGCUGACGAGCGGCGCUGCCACACCUGUCAGCCGGGCAACUUCCGGUGCCGGGACGGGCGCUGCAUCUACGAGAGCUGGGUGUGCGAUGGGCAGGCGGACUGCACCGACGCCUCCGACGAGGCAGACUGCUCAUACGUCCUCCCACGCAAAGUGGUGACGGCGGCUGUUAUUGGCAGCCUGGUGUGUGGCCUCCUCCUGGUGAUUGCUUUGGGUUGCACUUGCCGCCUCUACGCGCUCCGUAGCCACGAGUUUGGGGCCGUCGCCCCCAUAUCACGGAUGGAGGCCCAGAUGGUUCGGCGGCAAGCUCCCCCUUCCUAUGGGCAGCUCAUAGCUCGUGGCGUCAUCCCCCCAGUCGAUGGCUUCCCUACUGAGCAUCCCAAUCAGAACUCAGUGUUGGGGAAUUUGCGGUCUCUGCUGCAUUUGUUGCGCCGUGACCCCGCCGCCACCGCCAACGGGGGCCGACACCCACAUCGCAGCCGCUUCCUGCGCCGCUUAGUGAGGCGCAUGCGCCGGUGGGGACUACUCCCUCGGCCCGCUCCGUCGCCCUCCACCACGACGACGGCGACUGCUGCCACCACCUCUCCUUCCCAUUCCGCUCUCGAUACUCAGCCCGAGCCGGUUCUAGGGGAAGAAAACACGACUUCCGUCCAACCCGAAGAGCAGGCCCCGCCUCUUCCUCAGAAAGUCCCGCCUCCUCCCGAGCCUCUGCCGGAGCCCCAGGCCCCUCUCCCUCCUCCCACUCCACGGCUUUCGGGAAUGAUGCAAGUUCUCCGCGUGCGGCUCUUUCCCCCCGCACCGCCGUCGUCCGUCGAGGCCGGGGACACCUUCAGCACGCCCCCGUCCCCCGAGGACGAAGACGACGUGUUGCUGGUGCCUCUGACUGAGCCGCGUCUUCUGAGCGAAGCCGCAGUGUGGGACGACGAGCCCCUUUUGACCUGA